AUGAGCACACUGACAAUAUGUCACGAAUGUGGUAUGCGAAUGCCGUUAACUCAAACAUCUUGCACAGUUUGCGGAAGCGAAUUCGUGGAAGUUGUAGAAAGGAGAUCAAAUUCAAACAGAAGCAGAGAGUCUUCAAGAGCACGGCGAACAAGAAGAGUGCCUCCGGGAGAGGCUUCUGAAGCACCUCGUCGUCAAUCAAAUCCUAGAUCGACUAAUCGGUCGAACCCUAUACCCCCCACACAAAAUACAACCCAAAAUGCAAAUGCCAAUACAAUCCCACCUACAAACUCUAAUAGACCUUCAAAUUGGACUCGGGUGCCAACACAGAGGCCUAAUGCGGAUCCAAAUUCUACAUCUUCAGAAGCCGUAAGGGACCAAUCAGUCGUCGCCAAUGUUGUUAAUAAUGUGCUACGGGCUUUGAGCGCGACUGUUGCAUCCAACACUUUUUUAGAUGUCGAAGGCGGGAGAGUUACGGAAAAUACUUUGAAUAUGGGUCCAAUCACAUUGGAAGUACAAAUGACGGGAUCAGGGGAAAGGCAGAUUAGACUUGGAACGGAAGAAACCGUCCUGAAUAGCAUGGAUCGAAUAAUGCAAGACCUAUUUCAUGUGGUUGAUCAGCCGUUGAAUGGUCUAUCAGAUCAACAACUACGAUCUAUCCCUAUCAUUGAAGUAACUGAGAAUCAUGUAAAGGAUGAAACCCAAUGUUCAACGUGUCUUGAUCUGUUUAAACUAGGUGAAUCAGUAGCUCAAUUGAACUGUAUGCAUAUUUUCCAUCAACAAUGUGUUGAGCCCUGGUUAAAACAGCAACGUUCUUGUCCCAUAUGCAGACAACGUGUAAACCCCCAAGCUUGGAAUACUUCUAGUCCAGUUCCGCGAAGUGCAGGAGAACGUAAUCUUUCUGAUCUAGAGGAUCUUGAUUGA